AUAGAUUCCAUCUCAAAUUCGGUCUUAUCAUCAAAGUCUCUCUCUCUCUCUCUCAUCUACUAAAUUUUCUUUCUAGUUCAUUCCUUCAAAUAAUUGAGAGGACAAUAAUGUGUGCCUUAACACCAAUGUUUCCAAGUAACCAACAAGAAUGGUACUCUACUUCAACAAUGGAGUAUCCAUGGCUUGAUUCCUUCUCUCCUACUCUCCCUUCUUCUCUUUAUCCUUCUUUCGACCAACUAGAUGAAUUCAAGAACUAUAACAUCAAUCUUCUUCCUCAUCAUAUGAAUCUUGCUGACAUAAAUGGUACUAACAAUAACAGUAACAAUGAUCAAGAAGAACAUCAAGGAUCGGUUUUGGAAAAGAAACUGAAUCACAACGCAAGUGAACGCGACCGCCGUAGAAAGCUAAACGCCUUAUACGCUUCACUUCGGGCUCUCUUGCCUCCUUCUGAUCAAAAGAGAAAGUUGAGCAUUCCAAAGACCGUAGCGGGAGUGGUGAAGUAUAUACCAGCGCAGAAGCAAGAACUUCAACGUUUGUCUAGGAGGAAAGAAGAGCUUAUGAAGAGAAUCUCCAAUAAGACAGAGACUUUGAGUCAUCAACAAGAACAGCUGAGAAAUAGAGCAUUAAUGAUGGAGUCAAUAGAUUCUUCUUCACAAAAGAUCGCUGCAAAUUGGAUCACAGACACAGAGAUAGCCGUCCAGAUUGCUACAUGGAAAUGGACAUCUAUAUCAGACAUGUUGCUUAGGUUAGAAGAAAACGGGCUUAAUGCCAUAAGCGUCUCUUCUUCGGUUUCUUCCACCGCAAGGAUCUUCUACACUCUUCAUCUUAAGAUGGGAGGAGGUUGCAGAGUGAGAUUGGAGGAACUAGACGGUAUGCUAUACGGAUUACACCAAUCAUAUUGAGAAAUGAGAGUUUCAAGGACUGAAUCUUUUUAUUUAAUGUUAGAGACUUUUAUCAGAUUUUAGUACUGUACUCAUCUGUAACGUCUUCUUGUUAUAUUUUUUCUCUUAUUGUUAAAUUAAUGAUACUAUUUGACUCAGAAACUUUAUUCAAUGAUCAUGCAACUUUAUGAGA